CGGACGGUAGCGGAAGUGCUUUGAAAGCUUGUAGAAGGGACAAGGAGUCGACUGAGUAAAGUAACUGCUGGCUCAGUGGUAUCACGACCACCCUUCUCCCAUAACUUUCUUCAUUUCCAGCAGCGUACUGACUGAUCCACUCGUUGGAAAGAAAUGGAUUUAGAAAAAGAAGUGAAAAAGAUGACCCUGGGACAUGAACAAGGUGCAGGAGCCCCUUGCCUGAAGUGCAAGGAUAAAUGUGAAGGAUUUGAGCUCCAUUUUUGGAGAAAGAUCUGCCGCAAUUGUAAGUGUGGUCAAGAAGAACAUGAUGUCCUUUCCAGCACUGAAGAAGACAAGAAAGUAGGCAAACUCUUUGAAGAUACCAAGUACACGAGUCUCAUCGCAAAACUUAAAACUGAUGGAGCCCCCGUCUACAAGCGUAACAUCGUGACACUUACUAAUCCAAUAGCUGCCAAGAAGGAUGCAUCCUUUAACACCAUCACCUAUGAGUGGGCCCCACCUGUCCAAAAUCAAGCAUUGGCUGUGCGGUAUAUGGAGUUGCUACCAAAGGAGAAGCAACCAGUGGCUGGCUCGGAAGGAGCUCAGUAUCGCAAGAAGCAGUUGGUUAAGCAGCUGCCUGCUCAUGAUCAAGACCCUGCAAAGUGCCACGAGCUGUCUGCUAAUGAGGUGAAACAGAUGGAGCAGUUUGUGAAGAAAUACAAGAAUGAGGCUCUUGGGGUUGGUGAUGUCAAACUCCCGGAUGAAUUGGAGGCACAAUCUAAAGAACCAAACAAAAAUGAUGCUGGUGAGAGGAGUACAACAGUUGCUGUUGGAUCAGUGGCUGGGCAACCGGAUGCAAAAUAUGCGUGCUUCCGAUGCAAGUUGAACAUGAAGAAGGGAGACCCAGCAGUGUUUGCAGAGCGUGCUGGCUACGACAAGCUGUGGCACCCUGCUUGCUUUGUCUGCUGCAUCUGUAGCGAGCUGCUCGUGGAUAUGAUCUACUUUUGGAAGAAGGGCAAACUGUACUGUGGCCGUCACUAUUGUGACACCGAGAAACCACGGUGUGCUGGCUGUGAUGAGAUGAUAUUCAGCAAUGAAUAUACCCAGGCUGAAGGCCAGAACUGGCACUUGAAGCACUUCUGCUGCUUUGAGUGUGACUGUGUCCUUGCAGGAGAGAUUUAUGUGAUGGUGAACAUCAAACCUGUCUGCAAACCUUGCUACGUGAAGUUUCAUGCCGUGGUGUGCCAGGGCUGUCAUAAUGUCAUUGAUCCAGAGGCUCAGCGUGUUACAUAUGGGAACUACAACUGGCACGCCACCUCCGAAUGUUUCCUGUGCUCCUGCUGUGGUAAAUGCCUGAUCGGCGAGAAAUUCAUGCCAGUGGAAGGAAUGUUGCUCUGUUCAGUGGAGUGCAAGAAGAAGUUGAUGUCUUAAAAGAAGAGGCAAGAUUAACGGCAGCUAAAUUAAAUGUUGGGUGCAUGGUUAGUUUGUAUACUAUACAUUCUACUACCGAUGGAUUGUGUAUUGAGCAAUUACUCUCUGAUUGCAAAUAAUAAUAAUAAUGUGUUAGUGAAUAGAGCAUGUUGCAUGAUUGUGACCAAGGAACUUGUUACUGUACGCGUAUGUUAGUGAAGCUGCCUCUUACCGAUAACGCAUUUAUACUUCAUAUAAAACAUCUGCAUGUUCUGAAGAUCUGUUUGAAA